AUGGCCUUUGGCCCAUCCUGCCACCGUGCCUGUGUUGUCGGUAUGAAGCCUAUUGGAUGUUCGCUGGGAUCUCGUGGGGGGCCUCCCGGGGGCCUCUUGAGGGCCUCUUGGGGGCCUCCUGGGGCUUCUUGGGCGCCUCUUGGGGCCUCCAGGGGGCCUCUUGCUGGCCACGGGGCUCUGAGCGAUGAGCUCGUGGCGCACUUCCCCAUGAUGGGCUGCGCCCUUGCUGCUGCCGGCUUGCUCAAGCUCGGCACGAAGGAGCGGUGGGCGCUUGCCGCGGAGGACUGCGCGGGCGCGACCUGGUCUCACCAAGCGGCGCCGCCGUACAGGUUGGGCGUGCCGCCCAAGAUGCCGCUGGCCGCCGCUGUGGAGGUCCUCGAGAAUUUCAUGGAAAAGCUUUUCUUCUACCGUCAGUACGGGAGCUGCUCCGCGGCAGAUGUAGUGGACGCGCUGUUGUGUGACUUUGGGAGUACCUGCUGGGCGUCUCAGUGA